CUAUCCAGGAGACGUUUAUCUAUGAACGGAGCAGGGACGCUGAGUAGGAGCCUACCUCUAACUGAACUACAGAUUUUUUUUAAGCUUAAAUUGUAUUAAUUCAGUUUGCGUCAGUAAAUAACUUUCAAUGAUUGAGUCUGACACUUUUCUGUGUCGUUUAAUCUAAGCUGAUACACUAAUCAAGACUUGUCUCGGAAUCUGCUGAGUGCGCUCACUGGAUGCUUUGGCCGAACAGGUGGCGCAAGCUCCGGUUCCCUUAAUUUGUUAUUAGGGGCAAGACGCAGGCAGACGCACUUUACCGGACGUUAAGCAUUUAAUACCCGCCUUCAAGGUGGGAGAGGGACGAGCUGCGCGAUUAUUCUCCCCCUUGUUAAAAGGGUACAUUUGACAAGGGAGCUGUGAUGCCAGUUGCAGACAGCGACAUGGUAGUGGACAACAGCCACGGGUUAUAUGAGGGUAAAACCCCGAAUAGUGCCGGGAAUGAGAGCAGCCUGCCGGCCUCUCUAUGCAGUCCUGCGGCGGACAUCCUCAAGAACUUUUACCACACCAAACGGGUCGGGAACUAUCUGAUCGGGAGGAAGCUGGGAGAAGGAUCGUUCGCCAAAGUUAGAGAAGGUCUCCAUGCGAUGACGGGAGAAAAGGUGGCGGUGAAGGUGAUAGACAAGCGGAAGGCCAAGAAAGACUCCUAUGUGACCAAAAACCUGCGGCGGGAGGGCCACAUCCAGCAGAUGAUCCGCCACCCCAACAUCACGCAGCUGCUGGACAUCCUGGAGACGGAGAACAGCUACUACCUGGUGAUGGAGCUGUGUCCCGGCGGGAACCUCAUGAACCGCAUCUACGAUAAGAAACGCCUGGAUGAGCGAGAGACUCAAAAAUACAUUCGGCAGUUGGUGCUGGCCGUUGAGCACCUGCACAGGGCGGGUGUGGUGCACAGGGAUCUCAAGAUAGAAAACCUCCUGUUGGAUGAGCAGGACAACAUAAAGCUCAUAGAUUUUGGCCUCAGUAACUGCGCUGGCAUCUUGGGAUACUCAGACCCAUUCAGCACCCAGUGUGGAAGUCCAGCCUACGCCGCCCCGGAGCUGCUCUCCAGGAAGAAGUACGGGCCGAAGGUGGAUGUCUGGUCCAUCGGUGUGAACAUGUAUGCGAUGCUGACUGGGACUCUGCCGUUCACCGUGGAGCCCUUCAGUCUCAGAGCCCUGCAUCAGAAGAUGGUGGACAAGGAAAUGAACCCUCUACCUCCCUCCCUCUCAACAGCUGCCAUCUGUCUUCUGAAGAAGCUUCUUGAGCCAGAUCCCAACAAGCGUCCCAAUAUCCAUCAGGUGAUGGCUGAUUCCUGGCUACAGCUGGCCAACAAGAACACAGGGGCACCGUACCUCAACAGGAUCCAUAUCGAGGAAAUAAACCACACGGUGUUGCUGCAUAUGACUGAGAAGAUGAGCUACAAGCACAGCGAGGUGCUGAGCGCCGUCCUCACUAACCGUGCCUGCCACACUCUUGCUGUCUAUUUCCUCCUCAACAAAAAAAUGAAGAGACUCUCAAAAGAGUACCGGGAGAUGCAGUUUCAAGAAAAAAAGAAAGGAGAAAAACAGAAAAGCGAAUACUUCCAGACCCAGUGGAGAAAGCAUGUGGACAAGCUCACCAUCCCCCCCAAGCAGACGCCGGUCUACCUGGCGGUAGCAAAGGGGCCCAGCAAGGAAAAGAAACACAAAACAGGUCUAUUGCGUGCCAUAACUGGCGGCCAUCGCAAUUCACCUCUGGCACCACCUGGCACCGUCGCCUCUUCCUCCAUGGAAUACCUUGAGAUCCAACCUCUUUUUUCCAACACCCCUCAGCAACGGAGGCGUCUGGCCACCCUUCCACAAGUCAAUACGAGCCCAGAACACAACAUACCCGCUCCACCAGCACCAUCACCGAUCGGCAUGCAUUCUUUUGGCUCCCUCUCCAAAGCCGAGCAAAUUGAAGACACCCCCGCCUCGCCCUGGUACAAGCUGACCAACGGAACUCUGUCUCCUCCCCGCCACGUCUCUGCCUUCCAACCCGACUCCUCUUACUUGAAGAAGGCCACAAUCCCCAGUCCUCCCGUCCUCAUUGUGAACCCGCAGCCCAAGAAAAGCAUCUCGUCAGAUUGGGGUGGUUCUUCUGACACCAGCGGCAGCCCUCCCAGCACUGUAGGAAGCCCCCCGGGCAGCUCGGCUUUCAGCCCUCCGAAGUCCGCCUUCAGUCCCCUCAACCCCACCUCAGCGUUCAGCCCUCCUUCCAACAGCAGCGGCAGCAGCGAUCCCGACAGCCCCACGCACCGCAGCAAAUUCCCCUCAAUGGGAAUUGGACAGAUCUUAAAAAAGAAGGUCCAGCUGCAGCCGUUCUCCUUCCGGCCAGAACAGGUAGUUGAAGAAGUGGUGUCCCCUCCUCCCUACCCCAUGCAGACUCUCCUCUGUGCUUCAGGUGCACUCAAGACUCUCUGCUGAGGGAUACGACGAAAACAAAACGAAAGACUUUUGUGGAAGUUGGAGAGGUCUUCCAGAGUGGCCUUUUAACUGUGAACUGUCCCUUUAUUGCGACUGAGCCACUUUUUUAGCACUGACUUCAUUUAAAAAAAAGAGAAAAAAAUAAAAUAAAAGGAGGUUUGAGUGUAAAAUAGUGUAUCUCUUGUUACCACUCUCAUUAUGUAAUAAGAGGUGGUGAUGCUGAGAAGAUGAGAUUUGAAACUGAUCCCUGAGCAAUGACUAAACCUCGCUGUGGCCUAGAUACAGAGUGAACAUGGGACAUCAUGUAACACACACACACACACGCACAUACAUGCACACACAACACUGUAUUAUAGACUGAGUUUAGAGGUACUCUCUUAUGUAAUAUUGCUGUAACUGGUUACUAAAUGACCCGCAAACUGAUUCACACCAGCUAACAGGACCCAAGUCUUACCCUUACCCUGAUUACACGUAUAAAUGUUGUCUCUGUGAAAACACUCUCUAAGAUACCCACUGACUUCCAGCCAGCUGGCACUGUAUCCUCAACGCUGGCUGAAUGGAAAAGCUUACUGCACUAUUCUUAAACCAAAACCUGUAGUAACAACGGUGUUUACCAUCUUUUACCUCACUGCAUUAUUCAUACAUUAAUGUAUAGCAGCGGCCAAUUGUGACAUGCUUGUGUGGAUUUUGCCACGGCCUUGCAGUGUGAGCGUUAGUGCCAUUUGAAUCAUCGCACCGAAAUAGAAGUAGGAACAAGAGAAGAGUCAUACUCUCACUUUUUAUAAUGUUCUCAUAAACUAUCACUCAGCAUAACAAUUCACAGCUAUGACUUUUUUAUAGACAAGUGUUACAUCACCUCUACGACCCACAGGGACUGUCAGAGUGUUAGUGAUGACUUUCUCGCAGUCAGUUUUGGAAAUAAAAAUAAAAAAAGAUAAAAAGUCGAGCAUCAAAAGCCUUAUGAAACACAUCAACCUCGCCGAAGGUUGAAGGUAUAGAGGUGGGAGGAUCACGUAACAUCCAUGAAAAUAAUUCACUUCCUUUUGUCUUAACGCUGUAGUUUGUGCAAUAGUCUUAAGUGUUAACUGCAAUGAUGAGUAUUUGCCAAGAGCUCUCCGAGAGUUAUAUGAAAAUUGUGCUUGUAAAUAACAGUACGACUCCUGUGUUUAGGCGUCCUGUACGAAGGGAUUGUAAAAUGUUUGUCGAUAACCGACAUUUUCACGUCUUAAAUGCUUCAUAAAACUAAUUGACACAAAAGGCUUCCGCAGGCACACGAGGCUUCUCACUGUUAAGACACUGUAGAAUCUCUUCCCGUCCAAAUGUAAAAGUUGCAUGCAAUGUUUUCAUGAGUCGAACUGUUCUGUCAACAUUUGAAAUGAUGUCUUUGUACCUUUUUUCCUGAUUGAUACUGAGAUUGAUACAGACUCGAGGGGGGGUUGGUCUUUUGUAAGAUUUUGUAAUGGAUGGUUUUGUUUGAGUGUCAAGAGAUUUCUAUGCUGUAUAAAGUAUUUUAAAUAUUUAUACUGAA